GAACGAAUCAAUUUCUGAGAUCUAGAACACCGAUCAAAAUAAUCUCCAACAUCUCUCGAUUCUAAUUCGGAAGAAGAAGCAGAAACAACAGUAACUCCAGGUUUCUUCCCCCAUUCUGCAAGACUGCAAAAGAGUGGAGCUUACAAGACCUUCAAACAUCCCCAGACAGUUUAUAUCCACCCAAGCUCUAGUAUAGCCCAGAUAUGAAGUGUUCUUUAGUUAGUGCCCAGUUGUCUCAAUUAUGAAUUCUCUAGACAAUGAUCUUCUGAUGGAGCAGCUUAUCUAGUCAAUUAGGUACCAUUAUCUAUGUCAACCAGGGAUAAGGAAAACAUAAUGGAUCACUUGUAAUAUUGAACCUGACAUACACCAUCUCUCUAUUGAUAGAAGAAAGCUUCCUAAUAGUUUUGUUGUGAGACUCUUCAAGAGAUCCCCAUUAUUGCUACAGAAACUGUCUUCGUCUGUUGAUGCGACAAGUGAAAUUGGUGGGAAAAAUGUUGAACUCGGAAGUUACUAUUCUGAAGAGGUUUCCUACAUCCAACAAAAGCUCUCUUCUUCGAUCUCUCGUUUUGUCUGCUUCUAUUGCUGCUGCUAAAUCCGGUCUUUAUUUUUAUUCAAACAUUGACACAGACCCAACAAGACCAUCCUUAUGGAUUUCUGUUAAUAUCCCAAAGCAUGAUCAUCCAUCUUGGUGGCCAUGGAGAACUUGGGGACCAAUGUUUCUUCAGCCCUCUUUUAAUUGCCUAGGAAAUGUGCCAUUGUUUUUCUCUAGGUCUGGAGGAGAUAUUCCACCACCCGCAGAUACGAGCAAAGAAGCUAAAGGUUAUAAUGGGUGCUUCAGUAGAGAUUCAAUUGCCAAUGUUGCUGCAAUAACUGGUCCUACUGUAGUUAAUUUGUCUGUCUCACAAGAUUUACACAGAGUUACCUUGGGAAAGAGUGUUGGUUCUGGCACCAUAAUGGAUUCUGAUAGUACUAUAUUGACGUGCGCUCAUUUGGUUGUGAGUCACCAUGGCUUGUCAACCAAAGUGGGGAAGGUUGAUGUAACAUUACAAGAUGGUAGGACAUUUGAAGGAUAAUUGAUCAACGCGGACUUGCAAUAAUAUUGCAAUAGUGAAGAUUGCCUCCAAAACCCUACUUUCAUCUGCAAAACUUGGCUCUUCAAGUAACCUUCGUCCUGGAGAUUGGGUGCUUGCAAUGGGGUGUCCUCUUUCCCUUCAGAAUAUUGUUACAGCUGGUAUUAUGAGGUAUUCUUAUUAAUCUUAACCAUUGUAGUUCACCAUUUGGCUUGCUGGUACUCUUUUUGAAGAUUUGUAAAAGCAACGACUUGGUUAUUGGAGGAAUGCGGAGGGAAUACUCACAUACUGAUUGUCCUCACUUUGAUGUCCAUCAAUUAUAUAUGAUUUGAUUACAGUUUUAAAGAGUUAAGAAACAUGUGUUUGAACAGGGUAAUUCAGUUGGACCUCUUGUGAGCAUUGAUGGUGAGGUUGUAGGUGUGAACAUUAUGAAAAUAAGGGCUGCUGAUGGAUUGAGCUUUUCUGUACAUUGAGUUGUGACAAUUAUUUAUUUAUUUGAUUAUGAUAUUAUUUUA